AUGGGCAGUGACGCCGCGACCGUGAUCAAGCAAGCACACAAAGAGUGUCCCGAAACGCCAUUUGUUCUCUCCCAGUUUGGUAUGAGUGCAGUCAUCCUCCCAACGUCGGAAAUCGAGACGGUCAAGUCACUGCCUGAAUCUCAGUUGUCCAUCAAGCAUCAUCACUAUAAUGUCUUCCUCGGCGAGUACUCGUAUAUGGGGACCAAAGCUGACGAGUUUGACGCUGCGAUGCGACAUAUUUUGGUUCGAAACACGCCUGUCAUUCUCGAAUCCUUUGUCGCAGAGGUUGAUUACGCUGUGGACAAGUACAUCGGGAAAUGUGAGGAAUGGACACCAAUCAAAGUCCGGCAUGCCAUGUCCAUGGCUGCUUCGGCUAUGUCUGGCCGCGCCUUUGUCGGCCUGCCGCUCUGCAGAGAUUCAGAGUGGGUAGCAUCGACAACUAGCUAUACUCAGGACGUGUCCAGAGCAUACAUAUAUCUUCGUUCACUUUCUUGGUUCACCAAGCCAUUUCUGGCGCCUUUUUCGCCAGAGGUGAGGUCUCUUCUGCGACACAGAAAAGUCAACGUGGAGAAACUUGAGCCUCUCCUCCGGGCAAAGCAGGCAAAAAGUGCCCAAGACGGCGACGAGAAGCAGGGACAGAGAAGCUUUGAGACCAGAGCCAAUGAUCCACCUGGUGGUGAGAUGCUGGAUUGGUUCAUCUCUCGCUACAGAAAGUCGCCAACUGCUCAUCAACUGGCUCGUGACCAACUGCUGGUCACGUUUGCGUCCAUCUACAAUCUUUCGAAUGCGCUCUCCUAUAUUAUCUUUGAUCUUGCAGCCUAUCCUGAGCACGUGGAGGAACUGAGGCAGGAGCUCAAGGAGGUUACUGGUACAACUGGUGUCAUUGACAAGAUAUCUCUGCCCAAGCUUCGCAAGCUGGACAGCUUCAUUCGAGAAUCGCAAAGAAUGAGUCCCCCAUCAAUCGCCAACAUUCCACGCUUCGUGACCAGCCCAUCCGGCUUCCAGACGUCGACCGGCCACGUCAUCCCGCCUGGCAACACAAUCAUGGUCCGCGCAGAUGCCAUCAACAGAGAUGCGAAUCUCUGGCCUGAACCCGACAAGUUUGACGGGCUGCGUUUCUCCAAGCUGCGCGAGCAGGCAGGUAACGACAAGAAGUUCCAGCACACCAGCACAGGGGCCGACAACAUCAACUUUGGGCACGGCAUAUGGGCAUGUCCCGGACGGUUCUUUGCAUCGGCUGAAAUUAAAGUCAUCCUAGCGUACAUUAUUACCAACUAUGACCUGAAGCUCAAGCCUGAGACGGGGAAGCCGGGCAGUUUCCAUUAUGGGUUUGCGAUUCUUCCAGACUCGGAAGCGGAGAUUAUGUUUAAGAGAAGAGAUUAA